AUGGCUGUUGGCAAGAACAAGAGACUUUCCAAAGGAAAGAAGGGUCUUAAGAAGAAGGCCCAGGAUCCCUUCACCCGCAAGGAUUGGUACAGCGUUAAGGCACCUUCGACCUUCGCUAUCAGAGAUGUCGGAAAGACCCUUGUGAACCGUACCACCGGUCUCAAGAACGCCAACGACGCACUCAAGGGCCGAAUUUUCGAGGUUUCUCUUGCCGAUCUCCAGAAGGAUGAGGAGCACGCUUUCCGCAAGGUCAAGCUCCGGGUGGAUGAAGUCCAGGGAAAGAGUUGUCUAACCAACUUCCACGGUCUCGACUUCACUUCCGACAAGCUUCGCUCGCUCGUCCGCAAGUGGCAAACAUUGAUUGAGGCCAACAUCACGGUCAAGACCACCGACGACUACCUUCUCCGCCUGUUCGCUAUUGGUUUCACCAAGAAGCGACAAAACCAGAUCAAGAAGACCACAUAUGCCCAGACUUCACAGAUCCGUGCUAUCCGCAAGAAGAUGGUUGAGAUUAUUCAGCGUGAGGCCGCGAGCUGCACUUUGUCGCAGCUGACCCAGAAGCUCAUCCCGGAAGUUAUUGGGCGUGAGAUUGAGAAAGCGACAACCGGAAUCUAUCCACUCCAGAAUGUUCACAUCCGUAAAGUCAAGCUCUUGAAGUCGCCCAAAUUCGAUCUCGGUGCCUUGCUGAAUCUGCACGGGGAGUCGACAGCGGAUGAGUCUGGUCAGAAGGUGGAGCGUGAGUUCAAGGAGACCGUUUUGGAGUCUGUGUAAAGGGGUGAAGGUGGGGUGAAAAUAUGCAGAACAAAAAGCGGUCAACUUAAAAAAAAUUCACAAAAAAAAUCAAAAUUUCGGGCACAAACAGCGAACUUUUGAAAUUCCAGAUUCCUUUUCCUUGUUUAGUCUUUCUUUCGCUCUGGGGCCAAAUUCUUACUGGACGGAUUGGGGUUCAAUUCAAUUCAAGGGAGGGUGUGGGUUUAGUUCUUUUGCACGGUGUACGGGAUACAAUCAUAUUUGAGCCAUACGCUUUCCUUGUAGCACGAACUUGUGGUGAUGAUGGUGGUGGUGAUGAUGGUGAUGGUGACUCACGUUGUACCCUGUCAGUUGUUCCCAUAUAUAUGUAUAGAAAUAUCUCGGCUUCACGGAGCAGGUAUGUGUCACGGUGUCUCUUUUUUACCACACUCGAUCCACGGACAGAAUAUACUAUCGUC